GCUGAUUCUUUUGCUAACGGCAUCUACAUAAACAUCUUUUCCGAGCUGUUCUUUGUGAUUCCUUCCUCGGGACAGAACCUUCCACUGACACGGAGCUACAAAACUUUCCGAUUGACUCUUGUACGCCCAGUUCCAACAGCAAUCCAAUGGGCGAGACAGACUAAUGGCUUGGCCGCCUAUGAUCUGCUACAGAGCACGAGUCAAAUCUCCGUUUCCCCGCAAUUUAAAUCCCCAGUCUCGUGUUAGUCUACGUUAGGGUUUCCCGGGUUCUUAAAAUUUCCUUUUUCCUUCAAGUACAAUUUUAAUUCCUUGUUGGCGUCAAAGGCCAGAAAAAUUUCAACAUCCAACCAAAACGCACUCCCCUGGCGUUCUGCGAUGUUCCUGGGUAGAAGCGGAAGUGGGGACUUGAGAGAGGCCCCGCCGAGCCAUCCAUAAAUUUCUAGCGACAUCGUCCCACUGGCCGUACCAGCAGAGGAACCACCGGGUGCAAUCUUUGUCCACGAGUGUCCAUCCCUUUUCUCUUCAAGAUCCCUUUGGCUACCAUUCCUGUCCCCCUUUAUUCUUUUCUUUCAAUUGGGGACAGCAAUUGCCCAGCAUGGCUUCCUUUAAGCCUCAGGAUGCCAUUGACCCGGCAGACGAGCACUUGCCAGAAUCCCGCAACGGUCGCCAGGACUCCACGGCAUCCGCGGCUAAGAUUGUUCAUAAUGCGAAAGCCGCGACGGAUAAGGAGCAGCAGAUGACCCUGUUGCAAGGAAUCAAACUUUACCCGAAAGCCGUCGCAUGGAGUGUUUUCAUCUCUACUUGUAUCGUCAUGGAAGGUUACGACAUCAGUCUAGUCAACAAUUUCUACGCCUUUGAUCAGUUCAACAAGAAGUACGGCGAGCUAACGGCAGAUGGGACGUAUGAAGUACCGGCUCGGUGGCAAGCAGGUCUGAGCAACGGUGCAUAUGUCGGAGAAAUUAUUGGGCUCUUUAUCAAUGGAUGGGCUUCGGAACGGUUCGGGUACCGGCCUACUAUGAUCGCAUGCCUCAUCUUGAUCACAGCGUGGACUGCCAUCUUUUUCACUGCACCCAACGUUCAAGCAUUACUCGCUGCCGAAAUCCUCGCCGGCAUCCCCUGGGGCGUCUUCCAAACACUCUCGGUCACAUAUGCAUCAGAGGUUUGUCCCGUUGCUUUGCGAGGAUACCUGACAACCUAUGUCAACUUUUGCUGGGGUCUAGGCCAGCUGAUUGGUAUCGGUGUGAUCAUGGGAAUGAUCGACCGGACUGAUGAAUGGGCAUACCGGAUCCCGUACGGCCUACAAUGGAUGUGGCCGGGACCCCUACUCAUUGGAAUCUUCCUGGCACCUGAGUCGCCGUGGUGGCUUGUGCGGAAAGGCAAAACGCAGGAAGCCAAACGAGCUCUUCAACGGUUAACUAGCGCGAAGCGAGACACUGACUUCGAUCCUGACGAGACCAUUUCCAUGAUGGUUCAUACCACGGCACUCGAAGCCAAGAUUACGCGAGGUGCUAGCUAUUUUGACUGCUUCAAGGGCACCGAUCUACGGCGAACUGAGAUCGUUUGCAUGGUUUGGGCAAUCCAGAACCUGAGCGGUAACUCCUUCUCCAACUAUUCUACGUACUUCUUAAAACAGGCUGGCUUAGCCACCAAUAAAUCCUAUGCUUUUGCCAUGGGGCAAUACGGUAUCAAUAUGGUAGGUGUUUUCGGGGCAUGGUUUCUCAUGACUCUAGGAAUCGGUCGCAGAACCCUUUACCUGUACGGACUUUGCGGUCUCUGUGUCAUGCUGCUUAUCAUGGGCUUCCUCGGUCUGGUUCCAGACUCACACCGGGAUCAAUCGUCUCUCGCAACAGGCUCCAUCAUGCUUGUCUGGGCCUUGUUUUACCAAUGCACUGUUGGAACAGUCGCAUACUCCUUAGUCGCCGAACUUUCAACCCGCCGACUGCAAAUCAAAACCGUGGUCCUUGGCCGCAAUCUAUAUAACAUUGUCGCCAUUGUGUGCGGUGUCCUGACCCCUUAUAUGCUCAACCCAGAGGCCUGGAACUGGAGUAAUUUCGCGGGUUUCUUCUGGGGUGGAAUUUGCUUCUUGUGUGUUAUUUACACCUACUUCCGCGUCCCGGAGCCCAUGGGCCGCUCCUUUGCUGAACUGGACCUUCUCUUUGAACGAGGUGUUAGCGCACGCAAGUUCGCUAGCACGCAAGUGGAUGUCUUCGACGAAACCAUUGAAGACCACGUGGUGAAAGACUAUCAAGCACAGAAGUCGGCCAUAAGUGACGUGGCUCAAUUGGAGAAGCAAGCCGGGUCGUCAUGAUACUACUAAAUUAUUCUCGAACAUAAUAUGAUAUCUAAUGCUGUACAUACCCUAAUCAUGAA